AUGGGCGUCCAUGGGCUGACAACAUACCUUCGUGAAAACAGACGGGUCCUUUCACGAACGGUCCAAUGCUCCUCAAAUGACCCCAAUCCGAUUCACGUGGUGGUGGAUGCCUGGUCAUUCAUAUAUGUGCUGCAUCAAAGGUGUAGCAUUCCCUGGGUCUACGGCGGAGAAUACGCCGAGUUUGCAAAGCUCGUUACCGAUGUAGUACACGCAUGGAUCAGUGCUGGUCUCCGGGUAUCAUUUGUCUUCGAUGGCCCCUACCCAGAGCUAAAGCAUCCUACGCUCGUUUCUCGUGCAUUCAAAUCUAUCAUUGAACCCUCCUUGCUCUUCUUCCGGACUUCACAAUCAUCCCGAACAUCGCCCCGAUUUCUCAAGGAGGCCCAAAUUAUACCGCCAUUAUACUAUUCGGCAACAUUAUAUGCACUCGAGAGACUUUGUGUAUCGACCAGUUCCCUGGACGUACAUUUUGCCGACGAAGAGUGUGAUCCUUAUGCCGUCGAGCUUGCCGGACGGCUUGGUGGAUAUGUCAUCGGGAACGAUUCAGAUUUUGUGGUGCUGAACUCGGACGGAUAUCUUGGGUAUAUACCACUAGAUGAGAUGGUAUGGACUGCCGUGGUUCCUGAUCAAGUUACAGAGGUCGUUGACGACGACGAUUUUCAACAAGUCCGUAAGCCCAAGAGCAGGAGUCGGGCCGCCAAAGCAGCACUGGCUUUUGGAAAGGGUGUCAUUCCUCCGGAAAACGUUACACAGAUAUCCUUAUCGUUCUCAGUGUACAGUCCAUCCGCCCUGGCUGAUCAUCUCAAACUGCCGGUCACUCUCCUCCCGCUCUUGGGGUCCCUUGCAGGGAAUGACUUUACCAAUCAUGACUUGACGAUGCGUCAGAACAUACAUGCCAUGUUCUUUGAAAGGCAACUUACGCUGAUCGAGCGAAUCGACCGCGUUGCAGCAACUAUACAAUCUAUUCUCGCUCCCAAUUCAAAUAGAAGAAAAGCGAAACACCAAGUGGGCAGUGUCAUGGACCUCAUUGACCGAACUGUCAAUUCUCUCAUGGCACGGAAUAUCCACAAUAAUACUGCCUCGGGGCAGAUUGAUGAUAUCGUCGACAAAAUUGCGGAAGGCGCGCUACAGUAUGCGAUUCCAAAGUACGAGGGCCAGCGUCAGGGAGAAAUGGGCCUUUGGCCCACCAGGAUAUGUGCCCUUCAUGAACCUGAUACAUGUCCCCUCCUUCCUUCCUUCUCCAGGCUGCUGGAAGUCGCAGCUCGAGAUGGCAGUGACGAGGAAGACAGAGACAACGAUGAGUUGGCUAUGCGAAUCCAGGUUCGAACCCGAUACUUGGAUGCAUAUCGCAAGGGGCAUAUUCCUCCGCUCGUAAUGAAUUGCUUGACAACUUCAACGUACUGGCCUCGCCAGUUCCUCGAAAGUCCAGAUUUGGAGACCGUCACUCUCUUGGGCAGGACAAUACGGCUAUGGGGAUAUGCUAUAUUGGAUGAUGCACUGGGCUUGCCCGAGGAACAGCAGGAGUUGGAAAGUCCUGUAGAACGGCCCGACGUCGAUGGCGAUGAAGAUGAGUUGGUUGACGUGGUUGAGUCCGAUUCCGACAUGGACAGUGACGCAGGCGAUGAUUUGCUAGCGCCAUUACGAGGUGCAUUGCAGAGUCUACGCGGUUCCAACGUUUCCAGCACGGAUCAGGGCGCGUCUAAUCCAAACGUUGUACCUACACCACGUCCCCGAACUGUCAACGAGUUUUUUCGACGUGGAAGUAAACUUGUGGACGAGCCUGUGGAGGUUCCAUCCCUGGCGGAUCUCCUUGCAUCGAUCUCGAACCGCGAGCGCAAUCUGGCGGACUCCGCAGUGCCUUUGGUUCUGCAGUCACAAGAAGAGCGUCUGUCGGCUAUGCUCCGUGCGCUGGACUCUGAUGUUUUCGGCAUCACCCAGCUUCCACCGCAACAGAUCUCGGUCGCUCUGGUCCUACGCUGGAUUUUGAAGGUGCUAAGCGAGCGCGCUGCAAACAGUCAGAAUAAAAACCGGGAAUCAGAGCGCUGGACACGGCGUGAAGCGCGCUGCUUCUUGGCGUCUUUUUCCUGGGAUGGUAGCACAGCCCCACAGGCUAGUCAGACGCCGCCUAUUAUCGACCGACAUGUCCAGCUUGUUGCCCAAGUACUGCACGUUUUGGAAUGCGUCGAUCACUUGGCGAACAUUCUUUUGCUUCCUGAUGUGGUGGCAUCUCCGACCUGCAUGUUUUCGGGCAGAGCCUUCCAUUCCUAUUUAUCUGGAAGCAGUGCCCUUCCUGAUGUCCCGACAACCCUUUGGGCGGUGUGCGAAUCCGGCCUACAGGAUACCUUUGUGGAAGAACGGAAGAAUAAAUUCAAAAAAGCCAAAUCCAAACCUGCGCAAAUUCCUCCUGUGAAGACAGCUAAGGGGACGGGACUUUAUGCGAUGCUGGGAAAUUUGGAGACAUAG